UAUUAGUGCGUUUAUGUGUGUUAGUUGUAUUUCAUUUUAGAGCUUGUGCAUUCUCAUUUAAUUCUAAAAGGAAAGAUUGUGUAUCUACUGCUAUACUGUACAUGUGUUCAUUUAAAUAAUGAAAUGAAAUUUAUCUUAUCGAGGAAUCGAAUAGAACAUCGAUGUUUUCAUUUCGAUACAUCGGUACAACACUAAGCAAUUAAACCUGCAUUAGCAUUUAAUUUUCCAUCCAUUAAUUACGGUAAUCUGAGUUACAUUCCAAAGUCCGUCAGUGGUAUAAUUAUUAAUACUUCGCGUUAAAUAUACAAAAAGUGACAGCUUUUUAUAAUACUGUUAAUAAAAAAAUAAACAUAAAAAUGAAUUUAAAAGUUUUGAUUUUGUCUGCUAUUAUUGGAACUGCAUAUGCUCAGUCUGAGAAAGCUCUACUGGAUAGUUUAAACUUGCCUCCUGAACUGCUGAACAAUUUGAAUGAGACUACUCUCCAAGAACAUCAGAAUAAAACCACAGAAGUGUUUAAAAAUAAAUGUGAACAAAAUGGAGGACCUGAAGCUUUUAAUAACGCACAUAAUGCAUUCGAUCAGUUAACAUCAUGCCUGCAAACCCUUGUGAAUAUGGAGAUACUUCAGCAAGAGUUAGAGGAAGCUAAACCGAAUGGAAUGAUCGAUGAAGUCUUCAAAAAGUACUGCUUAAAGAAGACAAACUUCAUGAAUUGUUUCACAACUAUGCUGGAUGCUUCUAAGCCGUGCUUUACAGUUAAAGAGCGAGAUCAUCUCAACACAGUGUACAAUGUGUCCCGAGAACUGGCUGACUUCGUUUGCUUCAAAGACGGUGAUAGAAUUGCAUUGUUCAUCUCUGAAGGAGGAGCGGAAUGUUUUCAAGAGAAGCAGUCUGACUUGCAGAAGUGCUACAAUCAGACAGCAGGGCAGAACGCUAACUUUGAUUUGAACUCUUUAUCUCCCGACAAUUUACCAACUUUAUCCUUUGAUGAGAAGCAAUGCAAGGAGAUGUCCGUAACGCAAGUUUGCGUGGUGAAGGUGCUGGAGACGUGCCAGAAGCCGGCCGCCGCUAACAUCGUCGACUCGCUCUUCAAGUUCCUGGUCAAGAAGACUCCCUGCAAGGCGUAUCUGAAAGCUGAGGAGAAUGCCCCCGGUUCUGCCGACGUGUUGUUCGCGAAAAUGGCUACUGUCGCAAUGGGACUUUUGGCCGUUGCUCUAGUCUAGAAUUCUAGAACAUUCCGUAUCAACGAGUCGAACUCGGACAGUAAACGCAAUGAGAGUUAAGCUAUAAAAUUUAAAAACCGUUUCCCUUAUCUGAAUUGGGCUCAUCAAUCAUGAUUCAUAGAAAUAAUGGUACCAGAUUUAAUGAUAUUAUAUAUUCACCUACAUAUUAUAUCAAAUAAUUUUAUUGAUGUCUAGAAAUUAAAUGCGAAGUUUCAGUGUCCGUAAGACUAGCGUUUAUUACCUGUAAUAAUUUUUUUGGUAUUGAUGAGUCAGAGCAAAUAAGAACAGAUUUUAAUAAAACACAUAUUCUGCACACAUGUAUAGUUCUGUAGUUAAAUCCAACUAAUUGCGUUUACUUAAUGCGAUCUGAUGUUUAUAGAAACUCUUAUUGUGGUUACUGAGAUUUGUCUGCCAUUACCAUAUCUGAUAGAUUGUAGAAUAAAUGUAGUUUUAAUAGUGUCGCCUAAGUAAAAAAAAAGCUAUUGUAGCCAUUAUCAUAGAUUAUAUUAUCAUUACUAGUAAAUGCUAUUUUUAUGUUUCUAAGUGUAAACGGGAUUUUAUCGGUGAUAACUCAAUUUGUCCGACACUCUUAUAUACAGAAACGAAAUUAGUUCUAAAGUUAAUGUAAAUCUAACAACGAACUGUGCAGAAACACAGCAAUUGAAGACAUGAUUGGAUGGAGGGGAUAUGAUACAAUUUGUUAAUUUUGAGAAAACGAGCUACAAACUUUUGUUAUUUGUACUUUAGCUUCGUACAUAAAUUCUUCAUCACAUGCAAUUUUUAAAAAUAGCCUUUAAACCCGGAAUUUUACGGUCUAAUAUGGUUUAUAGGCACAUAACAUCUUCAGUUAAUGUAAAAACUCAAAAAUCUUAAAAAUGGUACCUAACCCCUUCAUCCACUCAUGUCUUCUAUACAAAAAACGAAUGCAUUUUAAAUUUAUACAGUAAAAGCUCUUUAUUCGCGGGGUAUCUGUUCAGUAAAUAUGUGGUGAAUAUAGAAACAAUCAAUAUGAAAAAACGCGCUUACAAAGGAUAUUCGGUUGGAUACCUUGAUAUAUUGGAAUCCUUUUUAUCAAUGUGUAUGUACCGAUGUACCGAUUAGAUGCGCGAAUGAAUAAAUAUUUAGCCGCGAAUACAGGAAUUGGGUAGCAUUAUUUUUAUCGACAAAUAGUGAAAACGCGAAUGAAGGAAGCGCGAAUACGGAGAUUUUACUGUACAGCUACAUAGAGGGUGUAUCUGUCUUUCGAAACCAAAAUUCAUCAACCGUAUUAGUUUUCGUUUUCUAGAAAUGCUCGAAUACACCCUGUGUUUUGUGUCUACAUUAUUGUUACGCGCUGGGGUUCGAGAUAAAUAAAAUUCCACCAAAGUACAACUAAAAACUGUAUUCAACGCUUAGAACGCAACAAACACUUUAAAACUCUCAAUUCGCUUCUGGCGUUGUGCUUCUCGAGCGUUCUAGGUGCUACUAGAUCCUUCGAUAUUCGUUCGAUUAUUCGGCCAUAGAUGGCGUUACUCUUACCGGAGUAACAUUAUUAUAAUAUAUCCGUGUAAUCGUUAUACAUUUAGAAGCAUUUUUUUAAAUAUUGACUUUUUAAACUACAUAGUACAAGUCGAACAAAAUUUUACCAAUUUACAUUCCACUUUUAUCAUCCAUUUAAUGAAAACGUAAGAUUUUUUUUACUUAAUUUUUAUGUUCAGAAAUAACUAAUUUGACACAAUAAAUGUAUUGAUAUAUGUACGUUAUUAUGAUUCGUGGUAUUUGUGCUUAAGAUCAAGUUUGCUAGGAGCCAGCUUGAUAGAUAUACUGAAUUUAGAAUUCCUAAUAGAUUUGAUUAUGGAAACUCCUAAAAAUCUCAUUAUUUACAGCUUAAUUACUUUCACCGUUAAUCAUAAUGUUUCCAAUACUUUUAAGUAUUUUAAGCUUACACAUUGGUGCUGUUGUAUUGUUUGGAACAAAAACUUUGGUACUGUAAAAAACAUAUAUGAUCCCUCAAACAAACGGAUCAUCGGCUGACGUUUAUUGUUACUUAAAGUUUAAUCAAAAAUACUUAUGUCCGGUUUUACACAUGGCAUUAAUUAUUGAUACUACAGAAUUAAAAUGUUCUGCAGAAACAUGUCAUUUAUAAUAGAACAUCAAAUACCAAUAAAACGUGAUAAAUAUAGGCCAAUAUGUACUCAAUCUUCCAUUUAUAUAAAGCUUUUUAAUAUUUAAUAGUAUAAAUAUAUUUUUGCAACGAAUCUUUAUAAAAAAUAAUAAUUGACAUUUGACUUUUAAUGCUGCAUUUCCGAACAUGACAAAUGACAUUUGACAGUGUUUGACAUAAGAAUAGUGACGUAAGAAUAUUGUGGUUUUUGAUGGUUUUUUUUCUUUUUUGGUUUAUUGACGAUAAUAGAAGUAAGAGGAUUAUCCAUGUGCUCGCUUUACUGGGGCUAUUACACAUUGGUCAAUUAAUAAUGUUUGUAAAAAGAAUAUUUUGACUGUUUAACCAUCAGUAACUGUUUAUAGUAUUAUCAGUUUUCCAUUGCAUAGAAAAAUAUUAUAUAAUUCUGGAAAAGAUAAAGAAAGAUACAGCAAUUAUGUUGCGGUGUACUAUUAAUAACACAUUAUUCAAUAAAAUAUACAAUAAAUAGAUAUAUACCAUUAAAUACAAUAUGAAAUCACUAUGAUAUCUGAUUUAUAUUCCAAUAUACUUGCAUACAUAUAAUGAAUCAACAGUAUGGAUAAAGCAAAACAAGCAAACAACACUAGGCGGAUAAGUAAUGUUCCUUCACCCUUAUUUUAAAGCAGCUACAAUUAAUGUAUUUAAUAUAUAAUGUCGACGCUUGAAAGGCAAACGUGACUAAGCGACAAUAACUGCUUGGUACAUAAAUGAUAGGCAAUAACCAUAUUCGAUGCGCAAAAAAAUAUAUAUUUCUAGGUCUAUUAAAAUCAUUUCAAUCCUACAGCUACUAGCUAGAUUCUACUACAGCUAGAUUCGUUAAAAUAAAUUUUGUUUUCAGGUAUUUCAACUUUAAAUUAGUCUACUGUAAAGUUCACGCAUUGUCACUUAAUCACGUUUGCCUCAAUACAGAUUUAUUUGAAUAUAAUCGUCUCCUUUAAAGAAUACGGUUCAAAACCUGCAUUAAAUAAAGGUUAAUAGUUAACCUGUUAUUUAUCUAAGAUGUCGUUCCGAAGAGUUUUGUGACUGCCAAUGGAAUACAAAGUCAAUAAUUCGUUUUUCUGAUUUACCAAUCAUUGUCCAAAAGUCAGAUUGCCGCCUUUGAUAAUAGUCGACUCAUAUGUUUAAUUUUCUGAGAUUGCCAAAUCGAGCGAGGGGCGAGGCGUCCUGUGAUGUUAAUAUUCUGAUGUUUAAGAUUGCUAACCGGUCCUAGUUUCCUAGACUGAUCUAUUUAAUAGUAGUCCAUAGAAAAAGCAAAAAAAAAAACUUCAUAAAAUGUACCUUAUUUUAUGAAGUUUUUUUUUUUUUUUUUUAACUACAGAACAUAGUUUUUCUAAGAUCGCCUUUAUGGGUUCGUGUGUGUUUUGUGAACUCAACCGUUCGUCUAUAACUUUUUUGGCUUAAUUUGGUCUGCAUGUAAUCAAUAAGAUACAAUGACAUUUAGAACAGCAAUAGAAACCAGACAUCCGACGUUAUGGCUCUAACGUGUAGAUAUUUUCUCAACGUUACUAACCAUUGUUAAUUUGAAUUCGUUUGGAAUCCUCUUACUUCAAUUACUAGUGCGGUGAUUUGUUCGUUUUAAUUCCAAUAAUGUUAGUCAUUUCACAUUUAAUUAUUUGUUUGUCCAAGUGUUGGUAAUAUUAAGGCAUAUAAAUUUUUAGUUUUGUACUUUUUAUAUAUAUAUAUAUAUGUUUUAGACGAUUUUAAAUGAAAGCAAAUAAUGAUUUUUCGUUGUAAAUUUUGCGCGUUGCUAUUGAAUUAUUAUUGCCAAAUAGUAGUAGUUUGACAGCAUACGAUGAGUUAUUUUUUAUAAUAUAUUGUAUAACUUAUCGACGUAGUGUUGUUACACAAUCUCAUAUGAACAAUUCAGUACCUGAUCUCUAUAGUGUUUCUGUAAAAGUAACGCGCACCGUUAAUGUAUCGACAAUUGUUUUAUGAAAUGCGUAUACAAUGCUAUGUAUUAGUAGAAAAAUAAAUGUGGGUUUCAAUAA